AUUGCUGAGAAAUGGCGUGGAAUGACGGAGGAAGAGAGGGUGGCUGCAACGGAGGAUGAAAUAGUGGCACUUCGUGAAAGGAGAGAGAACAAAGAGCUUGGGAUGUGGCACAACGCUGACGUUAGUGCUACCCACGACUCUAGCAUGACGGUCAGUCGCGUCAAGGAAGAGUUGACAUGCCUUGCUGCACGCACUGGAGAUGAAUGCAUUCUUGUUGUUACUCGAGGCUCCCUGUCGCGGUUCCGUCCUCCAGAAACUUACUGCUCCAGUGAGAAGUCUGAAAGCUUUCUUUCAACAGUAAUGAAGACCUCAGGCGCAGACCUUGCAAUGCGCAUGGAUGCAUUUAUGGUUUUGGGGGUAGAGGGAGUGGCCCGCAACCAUGUUCAAAUCCUUACCGAGAUGAAGUCCAAAGUUUCUGCCCUGAUUCUACAGAAGUUGAAACAAUGUGCUGGGAAAUAUGAAGUGAAGAAGAUGUUCUAUACAAAUUUCGAGGAGCACGUCACGCGGCCGUUUGGGAUUGUAAUCAAGAACUGGCCGUUGAAGGAGUUUAAAAACCCAAGUUCUAUCAGCACUCGAGCUGACGUGAGCAUCCUCUGGAAUGCUUGGGAGACAGGGACAGCCCACUUUUACAUGAUGACGCGCGAGGAGCACCAAGCUUGG